AUGUAUGCACCGCGUGCGAGAUUUGAACGUAUUCUCAUCGUCUCACCGAUUAAAGUAGCGAUUAUAUUUCUCACCAGUCUCCAUUGUUUAUUCUUAUUCAUCGCCUUUUUGACAUCGUUCUGGAUCGAAACUAAACAAGGUCACUAUGGACCCCUCUUUAGUUGUGAAAAGCAUUUCCAUCGAACGAAGCAGAUUAUAACGUCAAUGACAAUGGAAUGUCAUCGAACUGGUUUUCGUCCUGACAUUCGUAUAUUCUCUAUAUCACUCAUCGUUCUACUUCUCGUGCUCUCAUUUUUAUUAUCAUUCGUGUCGAUCAUAACCGCGAAAUUAUCCUUAACAAGAAAUUCGUUUUCUAACCGUCAUCGAUACUGGAAGUGUACUAUUCUUCUUCUAUUAUUCUCGACCAUCAUCGAUAGUUUUAUCUUAGUCUUUCUUCCGUUAAGUUAUCGUGAUCAAGUUUAUCAUUUUCGUUGGGCGUACGGUGUUCAUUGUGGUAUGACAUUGUUCAUAGCAGUUUCGUUGAUAACAUCGAUUCUAAGUAGUAAUAUCGAUGACGUUCGAUAUAUCGAAGCAAUUGAUGAAUCAGCUGUAGAAAAAUGA